GGCGCUUGCGUGUUUCUCUUGGAAACGGAACGCUGCAAAGGCUACUUCUAGGUUGGACCAAGUGUAUGUAAAAACUAAAAAAGGUGACAAUGGCAGAAUCAGCAUACCAUAUGGAAGCUUUGCGGCGCCAAAGAGUUAUUGAUAGGAAGAGAGCUGCCCUUGACAAAAUGGUGAAUGGUGGAAGCCAGGAUACUGGACCAAAUGUGGAACAAGCAAAUGCUAAAAACCCAAUUUUGUUCAGCGGUCCUGGUGAUUAUGACACAAACAGAUGCAUUUACAACUGGAUUGGAACAGAGAGGUGCCGCAGACAAUACGACCACAGUCGUAAUGGCCCUAUUCUUCCAAGCUCAUGGCAAAGUCUUCAACGAGAAUUAAAUUCUAUAGGACGCGGUACACCAUUAUUAGCUGGUGAAGGACGCCCUUCUAGAUAUGAUGAUCUGCUUGCUAUAAGAAAGGUCUCCUUUAAGAAAUAGAGAGAUAAAAUUUAUUGCAUGUCCUCAUUAUUUGUUUAAUCUAUUUAAGUUUUAUUUUUUACUCAUCGCUUGUUUGGAUAUAACUAAUACAGUUAAGAUUUUUUAUGUAAUUACAUGGACCAGUGAUAAAAUUCAGCAUGUUGUUGAAGAUAUCAGUGUUAACUAUUGUAAUCCAUUAUCAGGAUAUUGUGUGAUUUUCUCAAGUAUGGUGAAUACUAUUGUGAGGUGAUAUCAGUUAUCUUUUCAAACACCUGUUCAGUCAGAUGUUAUUUUUUAUUGUUGAGAAUUUUUAUCUUUGGGAUGAACUAUAUGGUGGCAGGAUUUUUUUUUCCAGAUGUGACUUUGAUCAGUAUUAUUAUUGCAAUAUAUAUAUAUACACUGUGUCUUUGUUGUUUGCACUUUUUUGCACUUAUAAAUAUUCAUUGUUAUUUAUAUACCCAAUCAUGAGCAGAUGAUGUUUGUUGAUGCUUUUUAUGAUCAAUUGAUGUUAUCAAUAGAAAUAGAAAGAGAUUGAAUAAAAAAUAGCCUUAAAUUAGUAUGAAUCAUGCAAUGAAUGAAUAUUGGCUAACAGUUUGUAAUAUAUUUGAAUGCAAAUUUGCUCACAAUAUUUAUCUGCUGACCAUAAAGUACACAUGGCUUUUUAUUUUAUCAAUAAACAUAAUUCAUU